AUGGCUGGCGGAGUCAAAAAACCGGUCAAUGUAUUCCGCAUCAAAGACCUCCCAGAGCCCAAGGAGGUCUUCAAUUGGCGCCUAUGGUUUGCGGUCAUCUCAUUUGGUUUGAUGGGCGCAGCACGGGGCGUCGACGAGGGUCUCGUCACGGGCGCUUUCAACUCCAAGGAUUUUCAACAAUACAUCAACUACGAAUCCUACAGCCAGGUCGAGCAGACCAAUAUCAAAGCGAAUGUGUCGGCAAUGGUUCAGAUUGGAUCUGUGGGAGGGGCUCUCUUUGCCUUCUUGAUUUGUGACCGCAUUGGCCGGAUCUGGGCCACUCGGCAGCUGUGCCUGGUGUGGAUCUUGGGAAUUGCUAUCUUUCUGGGAAAUGGUGGCAACUUGGGUGCUGUCUACGCCGGCCGCUUUGUUGCCGGACUCGGUGUUGGGGAAACUGUCGUCGUUGGCCCGGUUUAUCUGUCUGAGAUUGCACCUGCUUCCAUCCGUGGUCUUUGCACCUGUGUGUUUACCGGCUUCGUUUACCUGGGAAUUGUGCUUGCUUACUUUGCCAACUAUGGCUGCGAGGUUAAUUUGGGCGAUGAAACUCAUGAUCGCUGGCUUGUUCCCACAAGCCUGCAUAUCAUGUUUGCAGGCGUGAUCUUCCUGCUCUCUUUUCUGCAGUUUGAAUCCCCGCGGUAUCUCAUCAAGAAAGGCCAAAUCGACAAGGCAGUCAACAACCUUUCGCACCUCUGCCAUCUCCCCUCGGACCACGAAUACGUCGUGGGCCAGAUCGAUUCGAUUCGGAGAGCUCAUGAAAUUGAGAUGGAGGCCUUGACGGGAACUGGCUUUAUUAGCGUCAUCAAGGAAACAUUCUUAGUUCCCGCCAACCUCUACCGCAUUUACGUUUCUUUCAUGUGCCAAAUACUAUCGCAGUGGACCGGUGCCGGCAGUAUUACUGUCUACGCUUCAGACUUGUUCCAUCUACUAGGGGUUACGGGGAGCAACACCAAUCUGCUGAUCACGGCCGUUUUUGGCAUUGUGAAAUUCAUCGCGGCCAUUCUUUGUGCACUCUUCCUGGUUGAUGUUAUUGGGCGCAAGCGAUCCCUUCUUCUCGGGAUCACCGUACAAGCUAUUUCGAUGGUCUACGUGGCGGCCUUUCUGACAGCUGUUCCAGAAAUGGGCGUGGAGGAUGACUUUAAGCUCCCAGCUAACAUGAAGGGUGCUGGUGAAGGAGCUAUUGCAAUGAUCUAUGUCUCUGGAUUUGGAUGGGCUCUUGGCUGGAAUUCGAUGCAGUACCUUCUCACGGCAGAAUUAUUUCCCCAGCGCAUCCGUGCUCUGGCGACGUCAAUGGCUAUGACCCUCCAUUUUGCCAACCAGUACGGUAACGCGCGAGCGGUCCCUAACAUGCUUCUGCCUGUGGCAACCGGUGGCAUUGACCCGAAAGGUACAUUCUGGUGCUUUGCUGCUGUCACUAUCAUCGGCGGUAUUUGGGUCUGGUUCAGCGUGCCCGAGACGGCAGGCCGCUCCCUAGAGAGCAUGGAUCGUCUCUUCGCUCUGCCAUGGUAUAAAAUCGGUCUUUACGGCAAUCGUGAUGCGGAAGAGCAUGAUUUUGUUGCGGGCGAGAAGAGUGAGACAGAGGCGCAGGCCCAGCAUCUGGAAAGAAUGGACGCAUCAGGCCGAGUUUAA